AUGGCGACGCCCGAGUCUUUGCUCCUCUUCGUCGUCAUCCUCUUCCCGGCCUCCAGUGCAGCCCAACCUCCAAGAACACUCCACGUCCCGGUGUUCCACCGCGACGCGGUCUUCCCGCCACCGCCCUGCGCCAAGCGGGGUAGCCUCCUCCGCCAACGCAUCGCCGCCGACGCGGCGCGCUACGCCACCCUGGUCGACGCGACCGGCCACGACGGCCGACUCCACUCCCCCGUCCUCUCUGGGGCCCCCUUCGAGAGCGGCGAGUACUUCGCUCUCAUCGGCGUCGGCACGCCGUCCACCAAGGCGCUGCUCGUCAUUGACACCGGCAGCGACCUUGUCUGGCUCCAGUGCAGCCCCUGCCGCCGCUGCUACGCCCAGAAGGGCCGGGUGUUCGACCCGCGGGGCUCAAGCACGUAUCGCCGGAUCCCGUGCACGUCGCCGCAGUGCCGCGGGCUCCGGUACCCCGGCUGCGACAGCGGCGGCACCGGAGGAUGCAGGUACAUGAUAGCCUACGGCGACGGCUCCUCCAGCACCGGCGACCUUGCCACCGACAAGCUCGUCUUCGCCAACGACACGUACAUCUAUAACGUCACGCUUGGGUAG